AGACUGGGGUCAACAGCGGCCGAACAUGAGGUUGGAGGGGGGGACCGCCCCGACCAUGUGGCCCGAGUCAGCAGGAGCGCGCGCCACUCAGUCUGCUGUGGCGUGUGUCGCCGGCCAGUGAGCGAGUGCUGCUGCCAUGGAUACGACCAGGCGCAAGUGCAACCCCAACCCGCGAGCCACCGCAAAUCCCGUCUCCGUGCUGUUUUUCUGGUGGUUAAAAGACCUCUUUAAGAAAGGAACUGAGAAGGAUCUUGAAAUUGAUGACCUCUAUGAUGCCUUGAAGAGAGAUAAUUCACAAGAUCUAGGGAACAGACUUGAAGCGAACUGGAAGUAUGAAUUGAAGAGAGUUCAGGGAAAACAUGGCACAAAACCAAGUCUGACUAGAGCGAUUUUCAAAACUUUCAUUGGCCAGUAUGUAAUACAUGGCUUGAUGUUAGGUUUUUAUCAUUUAAUUUUAAGAAUUGCUCAACCAAUAUUCCUCGCUGCUGUUAUAAGACACUUCACUAAUAAUGAAGUAGUUUCUAGACAGGAAAUGUACUGGUAUUCAGGAGCUCUGAUCCUGUCGUGUGUAAUUAGCCUAUUCAUAAUGCAUCACUCAACACUGAUUGCACAGUGUGUUGGAAUGAGAGUUCGGGUGGCAUGCUGUUCACUUGUGUACAGGAAGAUCAUGCGUCUGAGCAAAAUUUCACUUGGUCAGACUGCUGCUGGACAAAUGGUUAAUCUUCUGUCAAAUGAUGUGAACAGAUUUGAUUUGGUUCCACUAUUUCUGCAGUUCAUUUGGAUCACUCCAAUACAGGCUGUAAUUGCCACUUACUUUAUAUGGCAGUUUGUGGGCUGGGCAUCUAUUAUUGGUGUUACUGGACUCUUCUUACAAACGGUACCUGUUCAGAGUUAUAUGAGUACUUUGACAACAAAGUUUAGAAUGCAGACAGCAAUAAGAAGUGAUGACAGGAUAAGACUCAUGAAUGAAAUCAUAUCUGGAAUCCAAGUAAUAAAGAUGUAUGCCUGGGAGAAACCAUUUGAAAAGAUGGUACAUUUUGCUAGAAGUCGAGAGAUCAGGGUUCUUAGAGGAGCAUCAUAUUUGCGAGGAAUCCAUUGUGCGUUCAUGGUGUUCACGGAAAGAACAUCUCUCUAUAUCACCCUUGUAGCCUACACACUACUCGGACAUUCAGUUACUGCUGAAAAGGUAUUCUCACUGGCUCAGUUUUUCAACGCCCUGCAGUUGUGCAUGGCUAUCUGUUAUCCAUCAGCUGUGCAAUUUUCAGCUGAAGCAAAAGUAUCUAUUCGAAGGUUAGAGGCAUUUCUAAUGCAAGAGGAACAUGUGCCAAGGGUUAUAAAUGGCCCAGCAGAGGAAAAGGGUACACACGAAAAUGGUCUUGUGAUGAAAGGAGUGUGUGCAAAGUGGGCUCCUGGCUCAAUAUCAGAGACCUUAUCAAGUAUAAAUUUACAUGUGAAACCAGGGAAGCUGUGUGCUGUUAUUGGUCCAGUUGGAGCAGGAAAGAGCUCUCUGCUUCAUGCAGUUCUCGGCGAACUUCCAAUUACUGGCGGUUCAAUAAGUGCUGAUGAGAAGAUUUCAUAUGCUUCCCAAGAUCCAUGGUUGUUUGUUGGGUCUGUACGGCAAAAUAUUUUGUUUGGACAACCAUAUGAUUCAAAAAAGUAUCGUGAAGUCAUUAGGGCGUGUGCACUUACAAGAGAUUUUGAACUUUUUCCCUACGGUGAUAAAACAGUUGUUGGAGAAAGAGGUGUAGCUCUGAGCGGUGGUCAGAGAGCAAGAAUAAACCUUGCACGUGCCGUUUAUCGAAAUGCAGACUUGUACCUUUUGGAUGAUCCCCUUUCUGCUGUGGACACCCAUGUUGGUAAACAACUUUAUGAAGACUGCAUCAAUGGUUACUUGUGUACAAAGACAAGAAUCUUGGUUACCCACCAAUUGCAGUACCUUAAGGAUGCAGAUCACAUUAUAAUCCUAAACAAUGGUAAAAUAGAAGACCAGGGCACAUUUAGUGAACUUACUCUCAGCAAGAAGAAUUUUGCAAAUAUGCUGGCUAACAACCAGGAAGAGACAAAGGAAGCAAUUAAAUCAUCACGAGAGGAGCUGAGACAGCAGCUGUCGAUUACUUCAACAUUUAGUAAAGGUGACGAGGAUGACGAGGUGGAAGAGCCAACUGAAACAGCUGAAAUGCUUGAGAAGGGAAAACUGAGCAACACGCUUUACAAAGAUUACUUUACGGCUGGAUCAAGUUGGUUGCUACUUUGCUGGCUGGUUGUUGUGCUCCUGCUUGGACAGAUUGCUUCCAGUGGGGCAGAUUACUGGGUGACAUAUUGGACUAACCAGGAGCAACUAAGGAAGGAAUUAAUAGCUAAGCAGGAUGCAUAUAAUAUGCCGAACAGCAGUUUUGUUCCCAGUUUUGAAGCUGAAUUUCCCCUUGAUGAGUCAAACUCAUUCUCAAACACUACUUUACUUGACAUUCUGAAUACAACUGAAGCAAUUCUGGGACUUGAUGUUUCUACUGAGUGGAAUGAUUCAGAGUUUUCAGAAAAAAAUAAUCCCAGCUUGACUCUAAAAGAUUAUGAUAAUCAGCCAAUUUAUCACAGAUCUAUGUUCUUCACAAGAGAUCAGUAUAUAUACAUAUAUACUAUAUGUAUAAUUGGAAGUAUAACUAUAACUAUACUGAGAUCCCUAGUCUUCUUCAAAAUUACAAUGAAUUCUUCACAGGGGCUUCAUGAUAGAAUGUUUAAUACUAUAUUGAAAGGAACAAUGCGUUUCUUUGACACCAAUCCAUCAGGUCGCGUGUUGAAUCGUUUCUCCAAGGACAUGGGUGCAGUUGAUGAAAUGCUCCCUAGAGCUAUGCUAGAUGCUAUACAGAUAUUCCUUGUCAUGACAGGGAUACUAAUAAUGGUAGUAAUUGUGAAUUAUUACUUCGUAAUUGUGAUCAUUGUCCUUGGUCCAUUGUUUUACAAAAUACGCUGUGUGUAUCUUGAGACAGCACAAGAUAUCAAACGACUGGAAGGAGUCACUCGAAGCCCAGUGUUUUCAUAUGUAUCAGCCUCUCUCAAUGGCCUCACAACAAUAAGGUCAUCAACAGCACAAGAAAUGGUCAUGAAAGAGUUUGACAGCCUUCAGGAUCUCCAUACAUCUGCUUGGUAUAUCAGUAUUGCAUCAAAUGCAGCUUUUGGAUUUGUUUUGGAUGCUAUCAGUACUUCAUUUGUGUCUGCUGUUAUUUUAAGCUUCCUCUUAAUGGAUACAAGUACUCUAGGUGGAUAUGUUGGUCUUGCAAUUUCUCAGUCUCUCAUCUUGACUGGAAUGUUGCAGUAUGGCAUUCGCCAAACUACAGAGGUGGUAAACCAGAUGACAUCAGUUGAAAGAGUUCUUCAGUACAACAACAUAGAUAAGGAACCCUCUUUCGAAUCUGAGCCAGGAAGAAAACCACCACCUACCUGGCCUCAACAUGGAGCAGUGAGAUUUGAAGGUGUAUCUUUGCGAUAUGCUGUGGCUGAACCACCAGUUCUUAAGAAUUUAAAAUUUGAAAUAGAAGCAGGUCAAAAGGUUGGUAUUGUUGGAAGGACUGGAGCUGGCAAAUCAUCACUUAUAUCUGCACUUUUCCGCCUGGCAAACUUAGAAGGUGCUAUUUACAUAGACAACAUACACACUCAAGAUAUUGGUCUCCAUGAUUUGAGAAAACGCAUUUCUAUCAUACCACAAGAACCUGUUCUUUUCUCAGCUUCAAUUCGAUACAAUUUGGAUCCUUUUCAAGAGUUCCCUGACCACCAGAUAUGGAAUGCCCUGGAAGAGGUUGAGCUGAAACCUGUAGUGGAUGGCCUUGACAUGAAGAUAAAUGAAGGUGGAAGCAACUUCAGUGUUGGUCAGAGACAAUUAAUAUGUCUUGCACGUGCAAUUCUCCGGAACAACAAGAUACUGGUUCUUGAUGAAGCUACUGCUAAUGUUGAUCCACAAACUGAUGCUCUGAUACAAAUAAAGAUUAGGGAGAAAUUCAGCAACUGUACUGUGCUUACAAUUGCACAUAGGCUUCACACUAUCAUGGACUCGGAUAAAGUGCUGGUCAUGGACUCGGGAACAAUGGUGGAAUUUGCGCAUCCACAUGAGUUGCUUCAAGAUUCUGAGGGAUACUUCACUAAAAUGGUACAAAAGACUGGUGCUGCGAUGGCUGCACAAUUAACAGAAGUUGCAGAAUCGUCGUACAGAAGACGCAAUCUUAAAACUACAUCUGCCGGUGAUAUAAGUGAAUCACCAGACUAAACUGAUGAGCAAUUAACUGUUGUCAAUGACAGAAAAGAAAUGACAUCAGAUAAUGUUUCAUACUAAAAAAUACUCAGGUUUAAACAUCUUUACUGGUGUUUCAUAAACUGAGGAUUAUAAACAUGUUGUGUUAUGUCAACAGUUGUUGUGUUAAUUAGUGGCAUAUCAGUGUACCAUUUGGGCUUCAGUAGAAAUAACUUGUAUUUCUGAAUUGUAUUCAGAAGUCCUAUAAUCAACACUAAGAAAAAUUUUUGCCAUCCAGUGCUCAUUUCCAUAAUGUGUACAUUACAGUUCAUUCGCUAAAACAAAAAUUUUAAAAACUAGUGAAUCAGUUUCGAAGAAGUAAAGUAUGUGAAGUGUUUAUCAGUAAUUUUACACAUGUGUGAAGUAUUAGGAACCAUGAGAUGAUUGUGCAAAACUGCUUCUUUGAGCUAGUAUGUGGUGGUACAACACAUGGAUCAUAUCAAAUGGCUAUUUUAAGACUGUGAAGUUUUCUAUAUAGUUUUAUAAAAAGCUAUUUAUGGAAGAAUUUUUAAUAUUUAAAGUGGUUUGAUUAUGUAUGUGGAUUGUGUUUCAUAUAUAAGAUAUAAUUUUGCUACUAAGAUAUAAAAUGUGUAAUAUCUAGCUUUGUAGAUAGUUUAUUGUUGCACAUGCUGUUUUGUGAUACAUUAUUUAUGUGCUUUAUUCUCUUAUUGAUUCAUUGGAAAUUUGUUCCUGUUAAAAUUAUACUGUUCUGUUUCAUUAGCUUUAUGAUUUAUGUGAUAAAUCUUUGCAGUUCCUAAUACAGAACAGAUAUUAUUCAGCUGUCUUGUUAAAGAAUAGUAAUUACAAACCAUAAUUAAGAUUUUUCGUAGCUAGGACUGAUAGCCUCUAAAUGUGUGGACAGUGUCUAAAGAGGAAUACUUUGUAUGGAUGCAGAGAGUGAAACUAAAUUUGCAAAUAAAUUUUUGUCAUAUUAA